GCAGCCAUGUCCACCUUCCGGCAGGAGAGCGUGGAGGACUUCUAUGAGAUGGGUGAAGAGCUGGGCAGCGGGCAGUUCGCCAUUGUGCGGAAGUGCCGGGAGCAGAAGACAGGCCUGGAGUACGCGGCCAAGUUCAUCAAGAAGCGGCGCCUGUCGUCCAGCCGCCGCGGUGUCAGCCGCGAGGAGAUCGAGAGGGAGGUGGACAUCCUGCGGGAGAUCCAGCACCCCAACAUCAUCACCCUGCACGACAUCUUCGAGAACAAGACCGACGUGGUGCUGAUCCUGGAGCUGGUCUCAGGCGGGGAGCUCUUUGACUUCCUGGCUGAGAAGGAGUCACUGACGGAGGAGGAGGCCACCCAGUUCCUCAAGCAGAUCCUGGAUGGGGUGCACUACCUGCACUCCAAGCGCAUCGCCCACUUUGACUUGAAGCCAGAGAACAUCAUGCUGCUGGACAAGAAUGUGCCAAACCCUCGCAUCAAGCUCAUCGACUUUGGGAUCGCCCACAAGAUUGAAGCAGGGAAUGAAUUCAAGAACAUAUUUGGGACCCCAGAGUUUGUAGCCCCAGAAAUUGUCAACUAUGAACCCCUGGGGCUGGAGGCUGACAUGUGGAGCAUCGGGGUCAUCACUUACAUCCUCCUGAGCGGAGCCUCCCCCUUCCUGGGGGAAACGAAGCAGGAGACCCUGACCAACAUAUCUGCUGUCAACUAUGAUUUUGAUGAAGAGUACUUCAGCAACACCAGUGAGCUGGCCAAGGACUUCAUCCGCCGCCUGCUCGUCAAGGACCCCAAGAAGCGAAUGACCAUUGCCCAGAGCCUGGAGCACCCUUGGAUUAAGGUGAUCAAGAGGAGGAACGUCCGUAACGAAGACAGCUGCAAGAAGCCUGAGCGGCGCCGGCUGAAGACCACGCGCCUGAAGGAGUACACCAUCAAGUCCCACUCCAGCAUGCCGCCCAACAACACCUACAUCAACUUCGAGCGCUUCUCCAAGGUCAUGGAGGAGGUGGCUGCAGCUGAGGAGAGCCUCCGAGAGCUGGAGAGGAACAAGAAGUCCUUCCAAGAGGACAUCGAGGCCCUGCUGUCCAUCUAUGAGGAGAAGGAGUCGUGGUACAAAGAGGAGAACGAAAGCAUCAGCCAAGACCUGCGCCAGAUCCGGCAGGAGCUGCAGAAGACGGAGGCCUUGAAGAAGCAGGUGCAGGAGGAGACCAAGAGUGUGGUGCAGGUGGCCAACGGCCUCAAGAGGCGUUACAGGAAGCUGGAGAACCACUACGAGGCCUUGGCCAAGCAGGUGGCCUCAGAGAUGAAGUUUGUGCAGGAGCUGGUGUGGUCCAUCGAGAGGGAGAAGCUGCAGAGCAGCGAGGGGGACGGCAGCAUCCGCUAG